AAAUUUUUUACUUCUGGACACAGGGUUUAGGGUUUAAUCAAGAAAAUUUCAAAUUCCAAAAAAAAAAAUUCGAAGAAAAGAAAUUUACGAUUUGAUUAUCUAGUUAAAUUUCUACUGUCUACAAAUUCCAAUGAUUUUCCGGCGAGCAGCUGCUAAACUACUCGGAGGACUCCGGCUAUCUUCCUCUGCCACGUCACUUCAGAAAGGAUCUUCCAUUUUUCUGUCCAAUGCAGUUUCAGGAAAACUUGAGUGUUCUAAUCAACAUGGCUUUGGAGGUGAUAGUUUUAGUAGGCACCCAUUCAAAUGGAUAUUUCUAUUUGGACAAGCUGUAAUCCUUGGAGGACAAGCUACUGUUGUGAUGGCUGAAGAUGUUUCGACUCCUGUGAGUUCUAAUGAUGCAAAUGAGGCUGAAAUAGCUGGAUUGCAAAAAAUUGAGGAUGGCUCUAUCACAUCAAAUAUACACACUCAAAAAUGGAGAGUCUUUACAGACAGUGGAAGGGAUUUAUUCUUAGAGGGAAAGUUGGAGGAUGCUGAGAAGCUUUUCCUUGCUGCCAUCCAGGAAGCUAAAGAAGGUUUUGGGGACAGAGAUUCGCAUGUAGCAUCUGCAUGCAACAAUCUGGCAGAGUUGUAUAGAGUUAAAAAGGAAUUAGACAAAGCAAAACCUUUAUAUUUGGAGGCAAUCAGUAUCCUCGAGGAAUCAUUUGGACAUGAUGAUAUACGGGUUGGGGCAGCGCUUCACAAUUUAGGUCAAUUCUAUCUUGUGCAACAAAAUUUAGAACAAGCUCGUGUUUGCUAUGAGCGUGCUUUAAAGAUAAAGAGGCGUGUGUUGGGGGAAGCCCACCCUGACUAUGCUGAUACAAUGUAUCAUCUUGGAACUGUUCUGCACUUCCAAGGGAAAGAGAAGGAUUCUGAGACCCUUAUUUGGGAUUCUAUUCGGAUUUUAGAGGAUGUUGGUCAAGGUGAAUCUAUCAUAUGCACCAAGAGGAUGCGACAUCUUGCCGAGAUGUAUUUGAAGUCCAACCGAAUUGCAGAGGCAGUGAACCUGCAGAGAAAGAUCUUGCAUAAAAUGGAACUGUCUAAGGGAUGGGGUUCUCUGGACACAGUACUUGCAGCAGAACGCCUUGCCCUAACCCUUCUGACUCAAGGGAGCUUAACAGAUGCUCAACAGCUUUUAGAAAGAUGUCUUGAUGCCCGGAAAAUUCUACUUCCUGAAAAUCACAUUGAGGUUGCAGGCAAUAUGCUUCAUAUAGCUAGACUGAAAAUGCUUAGCUCCAAUAAACUAAGGAAGACGGAUGCUUCUCAAGCAAUCACUGAGCUUGAUAUGGCAAAGGAUCUUUUAAGCCAAUCAAUUAGGGUAGCCCAAAAAGUUCUAGCUCAAACAGUAAAAGAGAGAGGACAGCCGAAAUCCUUUGGAGUAUCCAGGCAAACUGGAAGAUACAGGCAGUUAGCACUAAUUAUCCUGUUGAAAUCACUUAACACCCUUGCAUUGUUGGAGGUGACAAAGGUGGAACUUCAGGAAUCAAAGGUGGAUGGUCUUGUUGGUGAGGCUGAGAAUGCUCUUCAUCAAUGCAUUUCUGCUUUCAGGGAGUUUGAGACAGAGAAACCGUUGGCUGAUAUCCCUGAAGUAAAAGCGGAAUAUCUUUCAUGCCUGAAGUAUCUGUUUGGCCUAAUAAACAUCGGUGGCAAAAUCCUGACCGCUGAUCAGUCCGAUUUACAGCAACUGAAAGCCGAAAUUAACCGCAUGGAAGUGGAACUCUCAGCCAAAGGAAGACCCAGAAGUUAAGUCUUUACAAUAUUUAAUUUUAUUUUUUAGACCAUUCGAAUAAAUAUAUUUCUGAAAAUGACUAAUGCCUUCAUUAACGAGCCGACACUCUAAAUAAAUAGUUUUUAUUUGUGGAAUUAUUAUUAUUAUUAUUUCUCCAUAUUUGUCCUUAUAGUCUUGAUGUUGAAUUGUUUGAUCACAUUCUUCUCAUUAAAGACAACAUGCGACUGUACGAUUAAGCAAUUCGGACAUCGGCUACGUGCCGUGCAAAAGACUCGCGGGAUUAUUUAACGCCUCCUUCGAGCCCUUCCCUUUCGGUCUUAUUAAAUUAUUUUUAUUUUUUAUAUCAUGAUGUUAGAAAGGACAAAAAUUCAAAUAGGUGAAAUCAAUUUCGGAUCAGAACUCUUGUGCAAUGGCCCAUUUCAAGAUUCCAACUCCAUAUACUAAUAAUUAGUAUAAUAACACACUUGUACUGUGUAUGUUUUAUUUAUUUUUUUGUUAGGUCAGUUAUCAUCACCAGCACACGGUUUAGUAUACGAGUAUUGUACUACUGUCUUUUACCAACUGAGCAUACCAUUAGCCCUUUUCUCAGUUAGAGAAUCACCCUUUCAUGCCGUGUUUAUAUUAAAACUAAUCCAAAAGAUAUUAGCUACUUAGUCCUAUUGACUCUGUUAUAAUGUAGUAUCUGUCUAUAGUUACUUUCUCAGCCAAAUGAAACACAAAGAGCCAAUAUCAUCUCUACUGAGACUCGAAUCCACCUCCUCCCAUAAGAGAAAUUCCUAUAUAAGGCUAAUAUGGAAAUUUUUGAGUCUUCAUGUAGAUGCAUCAUCGUUUAGUAUAUACAAAUGUAGAUGCAUCAUCAUUUCUUUCAUGGAAAUACAAAUGUACGAUUCAUCUAAUUUGAUAUUUGAGCCUACUAUAUAGAGGUGAAGUAAUCAACCUGCACACGCAAAAGACGUGUUGAAUAUAUAAUAUAUAGUCGUCCAUCUAUCUUCAUCUAUCAUUUUAGACUUUUAAAGACGGAAAAAUGCCAUUCAAUUAUCGUUAUAGUUGAGUCUAUUUAAAGCUGAGUUUUUCAACUAUUGAGGCCAGAAUAUUUUAGAAUUAUCAUCCUAUACUAUAAUAAUAAUAAUAAUAUAAUGUUAGGGACUUAGGGGCUCCUGUUUGUGAUGGAGAGAGCGGCAAGCAGACCAAAUUUGUAUGACCCCAUAUUGUGCCACCAAACACAAACCUUUCCAAUGGCCCAGUGAAAUAAAUGGGCAUUCAAGUCUGACAUGAUCACUAAAAUGUAGGGAAUAUAUAACACUAGUACACUACCAACCCAACCUCUUUCAUUUCCAUAUUUUUUCUCUCAAACAAAUUAAACCCAAGCUAAGGUGGUUUCUUUGACCCUCCUGGGCACUCUUGAAACAUGGCGGACACAAGAAAAGCUAGCAGGAGAAGAGCUAGCGCUGAUGACGCGGCUAUGGUGAAAGCCGCGGCGUGGGCGUGGUAUCAACAUGGCUCAGGGUCAGAACGGCCGUUGGGUGAAUUGUUACGGCUCGAAAGGACCGAAAAGGUUCAGAAACCAUCGAGGUAUAAGCUGGAAGCUAUACGGGAAGUAGAAGAAGGGAAAAGAAAGCCAGCUCAUCAUCAACGCUCAAGUUCGACGAUUCCGAUGUCAUCGUCCCCUAGCCUUUCUAGCCUUCUCGACAAGUACGAGAUUCAGCGAAUCUCGCUCCAGCUGGACCGCUACAUAGAGAACGGCCACGACGACUACUGUUACGGCGUUCUCGGCAACACUAAUGAUCGCCGGAGAGUUGCGUCGUUGUCGGAGAGUGGGACCAGCGAAAAGAAGACGACCAAGAAGACGCCGGCGCCGGCGCCGGCGUCGUUUAAGGGGUUUUGGCUGAGGCAUGCAGCGGUGUGUGGGUCCAGCAGUGCUGAUGUGGUGGAAACUGGAAGCAUUAUUGGGCGUUCAUCACGGUGGCCGCCGCGGGGGAAGCGUAUUUUUCCGGCGGUUAAGACCGUCGGGUGUGGCCCACGGGCGUCUUGCAUCUAGCGAAACUUGUUGCCUAGCCUUUGUAAGCGCGCAAAAAGUGUCACGUUGUUUCUUUAUCGUACGGUAAAUAUAUUUUAAUUCUACUACUUGUAUUUUCAAAUUCAAUAAAAAUUAGAUAUUUUAUCA